AUGUCGACCGAAGCGCGACGGGAGGAGAUUCAACGCCAGCUACAGGACCUGCGCGAAAUGCGUGAGCGCGAGCUGGCCACCUUUGACGCUGUUGCCGCUGCGCACCCAGAGUUGUCGGCGCCGGAGAUCACUGCCUUGGCACAGAAGAAGGCCGAGGCGGAGGUGUCGCAGAGUCUGUCACUGGAUGGCGUGGUCAUAUCCGUGGGAGAGAGAGUUUGCGUCAAGGAUGACAUUCACUUGCUGCACCGCGCAGAUCGCGGGCACUUCGCCGCCGAUCCCCUCAGAUCGGUAUACCUUGGCGAGAAAGGCCAGGUGAUGCGGGUGAUGAAGUCCUUUCAGGGAAAGCCAGCUGUGGAGCUGCGCUUCGCCGACGGUGCCACAAAGAUUUUCUUUGUGGAAUGCCUCGUUGUUGCGCAGAGAAGUGAUGGCGCAGGUGCAGAGAUCCACAACCGCGCCGCCGCUCGGCACACCGACCCAACAAAGGGAGUCCCGAGCUUAUCGAGCCUGACGGUACCACCGCCGCCACCUUCGGUACCAAAGGUAGAAGCACGGCCAGAUUGGGGCCACCUGUGCAUGCCACAUCGUCGGCCCUCUGCUGCAUUGAGUGCUGCUGCACUGCCAGCCUCCGUUCCGCCACCGCCCCCUCCCACUGUUAAAGAAGUACGCAGCACCUCUACCAAGCGUGCGGCGCUGACCCCAGCUGGAACGUUGUCGUUUUCUAUCCCCACCCCCACAGCGCCCGCUACAUCAUCGGCCACCGAGCUACCGGUGAAGAAGGUCAUCCGUGAGGCUCAGAUGAAACCGCCUGCCGCUGCUCUAGCGGCUCGUUUGGUUGUGAAAGCGCCGCCGAGCGGGCUGAGUCGGCCAUCGCCUUCGUUGCGUAGGGACUCGCUCCCUGCGACAGCGACAGCGGGCAGUGUACAACUGAGUCGUUUGUCGGAUUUUUCGAUGGGCUCGGUUGUUGAGGAGGGGUUGGGUUCGCCCCUGUCGUGCGAGGUACAGAGCGGUGUGCCGCGCUGCCCCAGUUCCGCAGUAGACUCGGAGGACAUACCAGACCUUCGUCCUACACCGAGCUCUUCCUUCUGUAACAGCGGUGGUUCGGUUGAUGCGGCGGCGGAGAGCUCGGCCGGUGCGACUGUGGGGUUAGGCGAUGCGGUUGGUCCCUCAACGACCUCCUUGCAUGAGGCGCCCACGACCCCAAAGCAGGCGACAUCGGACCUCUUCGAUGAGGCUACAGCACUGGCACAGCGGCGUUCCAGCGGUGUAGGUAACUCAGGCACAAAACUGUGCUGGCUUGUCGGCCUCUCCAACUCUGGCGGCAGCCUCUCCGAGCCCCUCCGCAUCUCCCUGCAGGCGCAGUGCACCACCAUGUUCGCAGUCUUCGCUGCCGUCACUCGCAAGUUGCGGUGGGACAGACAGCGCCUUACGGCCACCCGUCUCUUCACAGACAAGGGUGUCGAGAUUAAGUCGGCGAGUGCUGUGCGCGAUGGCAUGUAUCUGGUCGCUACCACAGGGUGUGCUUACAAGCCUGAGGGUAUCGCAUUGCCCUUCGCCGACGUGGGCGAUGCGCGGCUCGCCCCUACAGGCGCAAGCCGUGCGACCAAAGCCCCAAACACCCGUCCCACCUCAGCUAUCACAGGCACAGCGGUCGCGCCUGCCGCCACAUCGAGCAGCGGUGCUACCCCAGCUGAGCCUUCUCCUGCACCUGUGUCUUCUUCAAGGAAAGCCACUCCUCUUCCAAAGCAGUCAACUGCCACGGCGGCGCCCAAGCGUGUUGCGCCUCCGCCUCUGACGGUAGCGAAGGUGAUUCACAUUCGCGUCUACGAGAACGGACUCUACGACGACAACAUCUACCGCACCGUCACGGUUCGUCCAGCAUACAAGACGCUCAACGUUCUCAAAACGGUAAUCACCCGUGAGCUUCAGUGGCGGGACGGCAAGAAGGUGCGCCUUCUUUUCGAUGCCUCGGGUGCGGAGGUUGUAGAGCUGUGCAGCCUUCUCGACGGUGACACAGUCGUCGCCUCGGCAGGUGACCGCUUUGUUAUUCCUUACCCGAACACCGUGAUUCACAAAGAGGCCAUGAAGUUAUCCGAGCGGUUGUGCUGA